AUGACGGACGUAGAUAUUGCCUCCAACUCUCACUGGCAAGAAAUUUUGGACACACUUCAACUAUCCAAAUCAGUUGCAGAAAUAGAUACUCAUGAUAUUGAAGGGAAAGAGAUGGUAAGUCUAAAAAUGUGGGAGGCAUUCUAUUAUACUUAUGCAAGAUGGAAAGGUUUCGGUCCUAGAAUUGACGAUACAAAAUCCAGGAAAAGUGAUGGAGAAAUAUACAUUCGACGAUGGGUUUGUAACAAAGAAGGUUUUCGGAACGAGAAAUUUUUGAACAUGGCAGACAGGAAGAAGCGACCAAAAGAAAUAACACGUUGUGGGUGUCAAGUCUGCGUUACGAAUCCUUCGGUUACAAAAAACAAAUCUUUGGCGGUGUCAAGAAUUUGUACCAUUUCAUAA